AGUCGAGAACGAGUACCGGGUGGGAAGGGCAAGAGGGAAACUCAAGGCGUGAGCGACAAGUAUAAAUUUCAAGAACUUCAGUCGAUAUAAAAAUUAAAUAAAAAGAAGAAGAAGAAGAAGAAGGGAAUACCAGUCUCAGCCUCAGCCUCAGUCUAUCGUGAACACCAGCAACAAUACCUUGGUUGAUAUCAAGAGUAAUAAACUGCUUGACGGCCCACGUUCCUUUUCGACAGAGCUACGCGUAUCGGCUAAGCUAAUCAGCGGACCGCCACGCCGGGUUUUCCCUAUUCCAGACCAACAACUCUCCCGAACGGUGAACGAUGUGCUAUUUCGAACAGACACGCUGGAUGUGUGGGUAUUGGCGAUGGGGCCACUUCCGUCAACAAUGUACGAAGGAGUAUCGAACCGGGGAGACGUGCGGGCUGAAGCUGGUAUACUGUACCAACCAAGAGCAAGAUAACUGCAAACUCUGCAAGGACAUCGAGAAGAAGCAACGGAAGUUCACCAAGCUCCAAAACGACAUCUACCGGUGGCAGAGGGAAGGAAACCGGACGGCAACGAUCGAGAAAGCCCAAAGGGAUAUGGGAGAGGUCGACGAGGCAAUCCAAAACAUGCUUCAACAACAUCAUAAUAGGCAGUACUCGGUGGUGUAGGCACUCUGUCUGGUCAACGGUGUACGCGAUGGCGGGGGUGGUCAACACGACUACGAGAUAUCAGUAGAGUUUCACUCAUCAAAGACUCAAGAGGGGGUUUUAUAAGAAGAACUCAGAAGAGCAGGAGAGGUCAAUCUCAAAAUUUGGAAAUGGGCAUUUUUGGAAGGUCAUGGUCUUG